AUGCCUUUAGUUGAUACUAUAGAGACCUUUUUUGUUGGACAGAGUUCAACGUUUGGAGAGUGGACUCCUAAGGAUUGGGUUUAUGUUGGUGCACGAAUCUUGAUUUUGUUGAAUUAUUUUAUUUGGGAUACAGUUGUUUAUUUUGAAGUUAAGUUAUUGCGGUUACUCUGUUAUGGGAACUUCCAUAGGAGAGCGAUUGAGAUCAAUGGGAAAAUUUGGGAUAAUGUUCCUAUCUUGGGAAAUAAGGCUAGGAAGGUUUUGCCUUAUAUUUUAUAUUUUAUUGACAAAUACCUUUUACCGUUUCUGGAGAGAAUUUCAAAUUUGAUUCGACUUUAUUAUCAAUAUCAUAUCGUUGAGAUGACGAUUAAAAAUAAAAAGAACUUGAAGAUAUUUGUUACUGGAGACAGUGAAACGUUAGAGUUGUUUGAUGAAGGAGGUCAGAUGACAACAUUACUGUUGUCAAACCAUAGAUCUUUGAACGAUUUUGCGUUGAUAAGCUAUCUAGUUCAAAAUACACAUAUUGUGAAAUUGAAUAGAAGAAGAUUCCUUAAUAAUUUGAGAAUGAUAGAUAAGAUGAACUUCCCAAGGGUUAAUUUUAUUAGUUGGGGGAAGAUAUUCAAUUCCCCAGAUGUUUCAUUACUUAAAAGUAUAUUGAUUAAUGAUGAGAAUAUUACUAUUACUAAUAGAAAUAUCAAGGAACAUUUGGUUAAAAAUGGGAAUCAGGUAUUAGUUUUAUUCCCAGAGGUUAAUAUUUUAACUACCGAACUCUCAAUUGUUCAAAGAAAAUUAAACCAAGAAUAUACUUUUGUUGCUAAAUUUUACAAUGUACUGUAUCCGAGAUUCAAGAACUUUGUCGAAACAAUUGCUUGUUUUGCUAAUAUUAAUAACGUCAAGAGGCAAUCUCAAAAUAAUAUAAUAUUGGAAGGUAAAACAUUUAUUCAUAAUAAAAUGGAAAAAUUUGUUACAAAAAUAAGUUCUUCAAGUAAAGCAACGGAUGUAGUAAAUGAAGAAGUAUUGAAAAAAAAUCAAGUCGUGCUGGGUCUAUCUACUUUACUAAAGACACAAUUAAUGAAAGAUUCAAAAGAUGAGACACUACCUUUUGCAAACGAUAGCGAAAAUGAAGGAGGAGAAAAGGAAAUCAACUCAGAAUUGCUGAAACAUAUCAAAAUUAACAAGAAUCUUUAUGAUCUAACUAUAAUAUAUUACAAACCAAAAUAUACAGAUAAGGCACAUGACCAUGUGAAUGGAAAUUUGAAGUUGCACGAAGGAUACCAAUUGGAACAAAUCGACCCUUCAAUAUUAGAAAUGUUGAAACCAGAAAGUAAAAGUUCUUUGUUAUCACCUAUUGUUAUAAUGAUUCAUAUUAAUCGUCACGAUAUUACAGAACUAUUGCCAGUUAGAAAUCAUGCCCUUGAGAAAUGGCUUGAAGAUCAAUGGAGAGCCAAGGAUAAAUUAAUAGAUUCUAUAGAUAGUGGGAUUAAAGUUACAUAA